UUGAAGGGGCUACACCGACGCUAGCAUUAGCUCGCAGCCCAUAUACAAUAUUACAUGCGCACGAUUAUUCACAGAUGUGUAUGCGUUACGAAGAGUUCCCUGCCAAGAUGACCGAGACGAGAGAGGAGCGCCGUUUCGCCGAGGUGCCCCGGGAGUCCAUCAAACUCAUGGCCGAGAGUGCCGGGGUGGAGUUGGGAGACGAUGUGGCCGCGAUGCUCGCUGAGGAUGUUUGUUACCGCCUCAGGGAAGCCACACAGAACAGCUCCCAGUUUAUGAGACACGCUAAGAGAAGAAAACUGACCGUAGAGGACUUCAACAGAGCUCUUCGCUGGAGCAAUACUGAGACCAUCUGUGGCUAUGGUGCUCAGGAUGCUCUACCAUUUCGUCCACUGAAAGAGGGAGAGCUUUUCUUUGUCGAGGAUCGGGAGGUGAAUUUGGUAGAGCUGGCUCUUGCCACUAACAUUCCCAAAGGCUGUGCUGAGACUAUGGUGCGAGUGCAUGUGUCCUAUCUCGAUGGAAAAGGAAAUCUGGAGCCACAAGGCACAGUUCCCAGUGCUGUGCAGUCUCUGUCCGAUGACCUACUCAAGUAUUACCAGCAGAUCACUAGAGCCAUAUUAGGAGAGGACCCACACUUAAUGAAGGUUGCUUUGCUGGAUCUACAAUCCAACUCCAAGAUUGCUGCCCUCCUACCUUACUUUGUUUAUGUCAUCAGUGGGGUGAAGUCAGUAAGUCAUGACUUGGACCAGCUGAACAGGCUGCUGCACAUGGUGAAGAGUUUGGUUCAGAACCCAUAUCUGUAUCUGGGCUCAUAUGUGCGAAGUCUCGUCUCCAGCGUCAUGUACUGCAUCCUGGAGCCACUUGCCGCCUCCAUUAAUCCACUCAACGACCACUGGACCCUGAGGGACUAUGCUGCCUUGCUUCUCAGCCACAUCUUCUGGACCCAUGGUGACCUGGUGAGCGGACUGUACCAUCAGAUUCUUCUGUCACUGCAGAAGGUUCUGUCAGACCCAGUCCGGCCUCUCUGCUCUCACUAUGGAGCCGUGGUCGGCCUGCACGCUCUUGGUUGGAAGGCUGUUGAGCGUGUGUUGUAUCCCCACCUGCCAGCCUACUGGGCGAACUUGCAGGCUGUGCUGGACGAUUAUUCUGUGUCCAACGCACAGGUGAAAGCAGACGGACACAAAGUGUAUGGAGCUAUUCUUGUGGCAGUGGAACGUUUGCUAAAGAUGAAGGCUGUAAGUCUGUCUGCAUCUGCAGAAGGUGGCGCUGCUGCUCUUCAGGGUUCUGUUGGGGGGAUGAUGGGCUUCAGAGAGAGUUCACCAGGCCUGAGCCCUCCUCCUGAACCUCUCUCCGAACCUCCAUUGGGCAUCGCCAGCCACUUGCAAGCAGGCGGUGCAGGAUGCCAGUGGGAGGAGUGGACCCCCGUCUCACUUCCUGACAUGUACUGUGAGCUGUACUCCUUCUUUGGAGACAGUCUGGCUGUGCGCUUUAGCACUGGCCCUGCACUUGGUGGUGCCCCCUCUGCCACCCCCAUUCAGUCUUCAGACACUAGGAAGGAGCCAGGCAGUGGUGCGGCCAACUUGGAGAGUACACGCAAAAUGCCUCAGCUCACUGCUAACAUGAACAUCAGCCCCAGGCAGGACGGAAGCCCACGAACUGAGCCAGCACCACCAAGUUUGGCUACAGCACCUGGGAGGUCUCUGGCCCGCUCUUCUUCCUCUUCCUCAUCCUCAGUCCCUCGCUCCAGGUCGUCCUCCUCCCGUCCAGGGCGCUCGGCCAGCCAAUCCCGAGACAUUUUCCCAAAAGCUCGCUUCCCACCUCCCCAGGUCGGCCCACCAGCCUUCUCAUUUCUAAUUGGAGGACGGCAGAUGGGUCGACGAUGCCAGGGACGGCGCUUCCAGACAAGCUUCACCCCGACUCCAUCACUUACCUCCCUUCCACCUCGGGCCUACGCCCACAAACUUCCAGUUAUUGGAAGAGUGAGCAAACCAGUGAGGCGCUGGACGUGCUCCCAUUACUCACUGUACUUGCCUCUUUAAAAGACCCAUGGACAGACAGGGUUGGCUGAAUAUGCCAGUGAAUGAGCUGCCUGAGUUACACCUUAGACAGACUGACUGAGCUCCUAACAGAGCCAGAUUGAAAAGGAACAGCUGCAGAACAGUAUUUGUGGCCUGGGCUGACCACUGGGAUGUAUGGCCACAAUGUUGAUCAACUCAGACUUUUUGGACUCAACAGCAUUUACUGGACAAACACAUGAAAACACAGUAAUGCACAAAGACAAGUUCAGGUUUUGUCAGUUGGGCUGUAAAAGAUUCUUUGUUAUGUAGAUUUUCAAACAUUAUUUUUGUAACAAUGUAAGGUUGAAAGCUUGUAAAAUAAAGAUAAAGACAACAGGAAA